AUGAUGGCCUGUGGGUCUCGAAGCAACGAGAUAGUGGACGAGUUCGAGAAGCUGGUCAUCAAGAUGAACCCUCCAAGGGUCACCGUGGAUAAUACCUCCGACAUGACUGCAACCUUGGUCAAGGUUGACAGCGCGAACAAGUAUGGGACCUUGCUAGAGGUUGUCCAGGUGCUGACCGAUCUGAAGCUGACCAUAAACCGGGCCUACAUUUCCUCUGAUGGGGAGUGGUUCAUGGAUGUGUUCCAUGUCGUGCAUGAGGAAGGGAAUAAGCUUUAUGACGGCCAAGUCAUCGACAGAAUUGAGCAGUCUCUCGGAGCCGGGUCGCUCAGCUUCCGCGGCACGGACCGGUGCGUCGGCGUCGACGCGGAGGCGGAGGCGGCGCAGACGGUGAUCGAGCUGAUCGGGCGGGACCGGCCGGGCCUCCUGUCGGAGGUGUUCGCGGUGCUCACCAACCUCAAGUGCAACAUCGCGGCGUCCGAGGUGUGGACGCACGACGGCCGCAUGGCGGCGCUCAUGUACGUGACGGACGCCGAGACCGGCGGCGGCAUCGAGGAGCCCGAGCGUCUGGACACGGUGAAGCGGCUGCUCCGGCACGUGCUGCGCGGCAGCAGCCGGGACAAGAAGGCCGCCCGGGCCGCCAUCUCGGCGCGCGCCGCGGCGCCGCACGCCCAGCGGCGCCUGCACCAGAUGAUGCACGCCGACCGGGGCGCCCACCGCACCGACGGCGGCGACGGCGACGCGGCGGCCGACGACCGGAGCCUGCCGGUGGUGGUGGUGGAGGAUUGCGCCGAGAGGGGGUACACGCUGGUGAACGUGCGGUGCCGCGACCGGCCGAAGCUGCUGUUCGACACGGUGUGCACCCUCACCGACAUGCAGUACCUCGUCUUCCACGGCACCGUCAUCGCCGAGGGCUCCGAGGCCUACCAGGAGUAUUACAUCAGGCACCUCGACGACGGCGCCGCCGCCUCCGACCAAGACCGGGAGCAGCUCCGCCGCUGCCUCGAGGCCGCCAUCCAACGCCGUAACACAGAGGGGCUUGGGCUGGAGCUGUGCUGCGAGGACAGGGUGGGGCUGCUGUCGGACGUGACGCGUAUAUUCCGGGAGCACGGGCUGUCGGUCACGCACGCCGAGGUGGCGACGCGCGGGGAGCGGGCGGCCAACGUCUUCUACGUGGUGACCGCGUCGGGGAUGCCCGUGCAGGCGCAGGCCGUGGAGGCCGUCCGGGCGGAGAUCGGCGACGAGAUCCUCCUGGUCAAGGAGGACGCCGCCGCGCCCAAGUCGCCCCCGGGCCGCGACGGCGGCGGUCGCUCGCUCGGAAACAUGAUCCGGUCCCGCUCCGAGAAGUUCCUCUACAACCUCGGCCUCAUUAGGUCAUGCUCUUAG